AUGCCUUUGCUUUUCAACUUGUCUGCAGAGGCAGCUGAUCAUCCUUUCCUUCGUUGUCUUACUGCUUUCAGAGAAGCAAUGUUGGAUUUGGUGAUAUCAUCUUCGCAGCGUGAUGUUAUAAAUACCGCACCAAAUACCAGAUUGCUAAUUUUUUUGCCAAAUCGAAACAGGGGAGCUUGCUCGUCAGGUUUGUCUACCAAGAAAUGGGUAUUACAUUCAACUGCAGAGACUGAAAUUUCGACUUUGAAAGAUGAAGAGAGGAAGGCAUGGGAAACAUGCCGGGAAGCUCCAUCUGCAUUUGGUAUCAGCAUUGAAGAGGGAGAGAAGACGCUUGGAAAAGCAUUUGGCCUGGUUCAUUCACCUUACUGGGGUGAAAACCGGAAGACGGAAGUACCAAAGUUUGAGAUUGUAAACGAAACACUGGACUAUCUUCGGAGUUUAAACCUUUCCGACGAUGACCUAUGUAAGUUGCUAAAAAAGUUUCGAGAGGUUCUUGGUUGUGAACUUGAACGGGAGUUGAAAACCAAUGAGCAGAUAUUGGAAAAUGAAUGGGGAAAAGGGAAAUCUCUUCGAAACCUUCUUCGAAAUUCAAGAGUAUUGGGUUUCAAUGUUGAUUGCAAGGGAGAUUGUAUGGCACAAUGCACACGAUGCUGGGUUCGGUUUUAG